GUCCGUGAUCCGGGUAAGGGACUCCUGGAAAGGGCUGGUACCAUAUCCAUUAUAUUACAACCCCUAAAAAAAUAUAAAGUUAAAGAAAGUUAACAAAUCUAAAAACAUUUUCCUCGACUCUUGUCGAUUGACAAGUGCCACUCGUAAAACCAAUCAAUCAUUCCGUUGUUGUCUACUCUGAAUAUGUGUCUAACCAGCUAACACGAUCUGGAUUUAAUACAAAGCUAAGGAUAUAUUUUUCAUCAAGUGCCAGCUGAGUGGCUAAGUGUGUUACCACUUAUAAAUAUAUGAGAGCUUUAAAUGUUAGUGGUAGUUCUUGAGUGUCGUUUUCCGUGAUCAGAGUUGUUAAUACAUCAAAUAAAUAUUGUUUAAACAAAACGAGUGGUGGAUAAAGUAAAGUGACUUGUUGUCAGGCGUUCCUUUGGCUCGAGUGUGCAUUUUAACGUGUAAUUAGAGACACCAAGACUUGACACAUUCAUAUAUAUAUAUAUAUAUAUAUUCAUAUCUGUAUAAAUUUUAACGUAGUGUGAUAGUGCGGGGGGUAUGUAUUCCCUUACGGGUCCCUCAUUUGAGGGUUGACAUUGCUCUGGGUUAUUAUACUUCCAGACUGCACAUACUUGUUAAUUCAACGGAUUUCUCCGACACCUUUAGUGAGCCGUGUACCACCUAGCGCCUUACGGAUUGUGAACCACAGUCAUAAUGAGGGAUCGACUUUCGUGGUACAUGGUUUUCCUAAUUCUACCAACAAUUUUAUUGGCUCGUUCACUUGACAAAGAUCGCCGAGUACCAUAUAAUAUACCGCCAGACUGGCGUGCAUUAUGGUACAGCAACCUUGAUGAGCUACAAAGAGUCAAUGAAGCAAAUGAUAAUAAUACCGUAUCAAAUGUUACUGUGCAGUUGGGUGGAACAGCAUUUUUGCAUUGUAAAGUUCGCAAUAUAGGUGAACGUUCAAUCUCCGAUGCUGAGAUAUCAUGGAUACGUCGUCGAGACUGGCACGUAUUGACGAGUUCUUUAUUCACCUACACAAACGACGAACGAUUCCAGGCACUUCAUCCGGAAGGCUCGGACGACUGGACACUACAAAUAAAAUAUGUUCAAGAGAGAGAUAAUGGGACGUAUGAAUGCCAGGUAUCAAGAAGUACAGGAAUAAUAUCACAUUUCGUAAAUCUAAACGUGGUGAUACCAGAGGCAUUCAUAUUAGGCAGCGAGGAGCAUCACGUUGAUGUGGGUUCUAUAAUAAGCCUCGUAUGCAUAAUAGAAAAGAGCCCUACGCCGCCACAAUACGUAUUUUGGUAUCACAAUAAUCGGAUGAUAAAUUAUGAUACUGCGAGAGGUAGCGUUAGUGUACAGACAGAACCAGGACCAACUCAAAGUCGUCUCACAAUUCAGCAGGCAGUUGAAACAGACUCGGGAAAUUAUACUUGCAGGGCUUCCAACACUAAGCCUGCUUCCAUCUUCGUCUUCGUAACAGAAGGUGAUAAAAUGGCGGCAAUUCUACGCCGUAAAACCUCUGGUGCAGAAAGGACAUUAGGAGAUUUGAUACUGGCGUUUAUUACUGCCAGUAUCAUUUUAGUGCGAUAAGCAUUCUCUCAUCAAAAAUAUGUCCAUUAUUAUCAUAACAUUAUUCAGUUGUCAUAUUUCAUAAAUAUAGAGAGGAAAAAUAGAUAAUUUAAAUUUAAAAAUGUCAAAAAAAAAAUAACAAUUACAUGUAUUAUUUAUCUCCUAUUAAUG